UGGUUCUCAUGUCGCGUUUAAGGCCAGCCCCCUGCACCGUGUGGAGCUUCAAUAGCACAGAGCAGCGUCUACAGCAAAGUACUCCUCCUCACAGACUACCGUAGUGUUGUAAGUGUGUGUGUUUACCGGACCGAACGACAGACAUGGCAGAAGUCGCACCAGCACCCGCCGCCGCCGCGCCGGCCAAGGCCCCCAAGAAGAAGGCAGCAGCCAAGCCCAAGAAAGCGGGACCCAGCGUAGGCGAGCUCAUCGUCAAGGCGGUGUCCGCCUCCAAGGAGAGGAGCGGCGUGUCCCUGGCCGCGCUCAAGAAGUCUCUGGCGGCAGGCGGCUACGACGUGGAGAAGAACAACUCCCGUGUCAAGAUCGCCGUCAAGAGCCUCGUCACCAAGGGCACCCUGGUCCAGACCAAGGGCACCGGUGCCUCCGGCUCCUUCAAGCUCAACAAGAAGGCCGUCGAGGCAAAGAAGCCCGCUAAGAAAGCCGCAGCCCCCAAAGCUAAGAAGGUGGCCGCCAAGAAGCCCGCCGCCGCCAAGAAGCCCAAGAAGGUAGCAGCCAAGAAGGCCGUGGCCGCAAAGAAGUCCCCCAAGAAGGCCAAGAAGCCCGCUACACCCAAAAAGGCCGCCAAGAGCCCAAAGAAGGUGAAGAAGCCCGCCGCAGCGGCCAAGAAAGCGGCCAAGAGCCCCAAGAAGGCUACCAAGAAGGCUCUCCACUGGCUUCCAGUUGAAGCUCGCAUCCGCUACAAGACCAUGGUGCUUGCCUACGGAGCUGUACGUGGUUGCAAAGGGCAUCAGUAUCUUUUAACAGCGCAAUUUGCCAAGGCAGGAUACUCUGAGCACAGCCCAAUCCAGAAAUCUGGCAGUGGCUUCUGA